AUGACAUUUAAAGUGGAUACUACCUUAAUGCUUGUAGCUGUUGGGGAGGCCUUGGUAGGGAUCUUAGGAAAUUCAUUCAUUGCAUUGGUAAACUUCAUGGGCUGGAUCAAGAGUAAGAAGAUUGCCGCUAUUGAUUUAAUCCUCACCAGUCUGGCCAUGUCCAGAAUUUGUUUACAAUGUAUAAUCCUGUUAGACUGUUUCAUAUUGGUGUGGUAUCCAGACAUCUACAACAAAGGUAAAGAAAUGAGGACCAUUGACUUCUUCUGGACACUCACCAACCAUUUAAGUGUCUGGUUUGCCACCUGCCUCAGCAUUUUCUAUUUCUUCAAAAUAGCAAACUUCUUCCACCCUCUUUUCCUCUGGAUAAAGUGGAGAAUCGACAAGCUAGUUCUCAGGACUCUGCUGGCUUGCUUGAUCCUCUCCCUGUGUUGUAGCCUUCCAGUCACUGAGAAUCUGAAUGACGAUUUCAGACGCUGUGUGAAGACAAAGGAGAGAGUAAACUCUACCCUGAGAUGCAAAGUUAAUAAAGCGGGACAUGUUUCUGUCAAGGUAAAUCUCAACCUGGUCAUGCUGUUCCCUUUUGCUAUGGCCCUGGUCUCAUUCCUCCUCUUGCUCCUCUCCCUCUGGAGACACAUCAGGAAGAUGCAGCUCAGUGUAACAGGAUACAAAGAUCCCAGCACAAGAGCUCAUGUGAAAGCCAUGAAAGCAGUAAUUUCCUUCCUUGUCCUGUUUAUUGCGUACUGUCUGGCCUUUCUCAUAGCCACCUCCAGCUACUUUAUGCCAGAGAGUGAAUUAGCUGUAAUUUGGGGUGAGUUGAUAGCUCUGCUUUAUCCGGCAAGCCAUUCCUUUAUCCUAAUCCUCGGGAACAGUAAACUAAAACAAGCAUCUGUGAGGGUGCUUUGUACAGUGAAGACCGUGCUAAAGGGAAGAAAAUAUUAG